UUUUUUUUUUUUUCAUUCAUCUUUUUUUUUGCAUAUUAUAUAUGGAUAGUGUACGUACGGAUACCUCUGGAUUUAUUUUACCACCUGCCAGAGAUUUGAUAAGGUCUUCAGACGAAGACAAAAUGAUGCUUGACGGUAAAAAUAAAAUAAAAUAAAAAAUAAGCAGCGUUAUCGUGGGCCUAACAAUGAAAGAGAGAGUAGAACCUCGUUCCAUGCACGACGAGUUUAUUCGACAUGGGCUCUCUGACCUUUCCAUGUCUCGUCAACAUCCUAUAUCUCCACUCGAACCUAAAGAUUAUAGAAGAAGAGCUUCGGUCACAGACUUGCAGCAUUUUCACUCGCGACGUCGUCCUUCUUUAAAUCCAUUGCCAUUACCUAAUCAUAGCCACCGUGCUGCAGGCACCAUGACGGAAUUUCAAUUUCCAGCAGCACCAACAGGAGCAGCAACAGCCAACCCUUAUACUUUUCCACCGAAACCAGCGUCAUUGUCUCCCAAACGACGUGAUUCAUUCACUCACCAGCCUCCGGAAAAAGAACACGCCAUUGUUCAUGCACCACCGGCGUAUGAUCCCUAUCAACGACGUCAUUCGAUUGCAACCGCCGAUCAUCCAUACCAACGCCAUUCUGCCAAAUACCGAGAUGUAGGAUUUCGUUUUCCAGCUACGAUUCAAGAAACACCGCAUUAUAAUAAUAGUAGUACAUAUUCUGCGCCUCCCAGUCCACCUCAAAGUGGGCUGUACCCCACGGGUGAAGUGCAUCGGAGUCAUGUGUCAAGGAUGGAACCCUAUCUUGGGCGAAGAGCAUCUAUGCCGAACACUGCGCACAAAUCCAGCAGACGAGGAUCUGUGCUGAUGUUGAUGAGCGACGAGGAAGAUGCGCGUAAAGAAAGUCCAUAUUCUCGUAGUCCUGAAUUGCGCGUCAGUCAUAAAUUAGCUGAACGUAAGCGGAGAAAGGAAAUGAAGGAUUUAUUUGAUGAGUUGCGAGAUUCUUUACCUGUUGAGAAAAACAUGAAGACCAGUAAAUGGGAGAUCCUCAGCAAAGCGGUGGAGUAUAUAUCAUUGUUAAAACGUAGAGAUUUUGAUUUAGAAAAUCAAGUUUCAGGUCUAAGACGAGAGCUUGACAUGAUGAAAAGACGAUAAUAAUUUUUUAUUUUAUAUUUAUAUAUAUAAUUAAACCCUAUUCAACAACAUGAUACCCCCCACACACACCCUCUCCUCCCUAUUUUUCUUUCUUUAUAGUGAUGUAAACCUCAAUUUUCUCACACACAUACACGCACAUAGACUUACAUAUCACACCACAUGCCAACAAAUUAAGUGAUUGUACCCAAAUUCUCAAUCAUUUGGGGGACAUACCCCAUGUUUUUUUUUUCAAAAAAAGAUUCGUUGUCGUAAAAUGGAAUAGAAAUAUUGAGACUGUA